CCUACUUUGGCUAUUUAUUUAUUUAAUUAUGAACUAAUGAAUGUUAUUGAACCACAGUUUGUUAUGUACUACUGUCCAUUAUACAGGAAAUCUAGUAGUCGAAUCGCAAUUUGCUAGGUAAUAGGUAUUCAGUUUCAUUGUUGCGCAAUUAAAUGUAAGAAAAUUGUUUUGUUUGAGUAUAGUUAUUAGUUAUAAUAAUUAAUAACACCACAAUGAAUCUAAAUCUGUUCGAUAAAGUGAUUAUAACGUGAUAUUUGUGUGAGUUUAUUCGAAAAUUAAUAAUAUUUAAACCAAAAUGAAGACUUGUCGAUUAGUUAUCCUAACAAUCUUCAGCUUUUGCGCGGCAGAUCCUCUUGUAAGAUAUCAACCAGAACAAAUUCAUUUAUCAUUGGGUGAAUCUGAAACUGAGUUAGUUGUUACAUGGACGACAUGGAACAAUACAGAGGAAUCAGUGGUCAAAUAUGGAAUUAACGGACCAAUUCUUAAGACUACAGGUACUUCUACAUUGUUUGUAGAUGGUGGUGAACUCCACCGUACUCAGUAUAUACACCGUGUCAAGCUUACUGGAUUACAGCCGUCCAGUAAAUAUGUAUAUUAUUGUGGAAGUAAUCAAGGCUGGUCUCCCCAGUUUUGGUUUAAAACUGUUCCUAGUGAUACCAAUUGGUCACCUAGCCUUGCUUUUUUCGGUGAUUUGGGAAAUGUAAAUGCGCAAUCACUUCCUAGAUUACAAGAGGAAACUGCACGAGGACUCUAUGAUAUGAUACUUCAUAUUGGUGAUUUCGCAUAUGACAUGGAUAGUGAAAAUGCCAAAGUUGGAGAUGAAUUCAUGCGGCAAUUGGAACCUGUAGCUUCAUAUGUACCAUACAUGACUUGUCCUGGAAAUCACGAGCAAAAAUAUAAUUUCAGCAAUUAUAAAGCUCGUUUCAGUAUGCCUGGUGGUUAUGAGAACAUGAUGUAUAGUUUUAAUUUAGGACCAGCUCAUUUUAUUAGUAUUUCUACAGAGUUUUACUAUUUCCUUUACUAUGGAAUUAAACCAGUUGUUUUACAAUAUGAAUGGCUUGUUAAUGAUCUGAAAGAAGCUAAUAAACCUGAAAAUCGAAAACAGAGACCAUGGAUAAUUGUUUAUGGUCAUAGACCAAUGUAUUGUUCAGACGAUGAUAAAGAUGAUUGUACAUAUCAUGAAACAAUCACUAGGGUUGGUCUCCCAUUACUCCAUUGGUUUGGGUUAGAAAAUCUAUUUCAUGAUAAUGGAGUUGACUUGUGUCUUUGGGGCCAUGAACAUACGUAUGAAAGAAUGUGGCCUGUGUAUGACCAUACUGUUUAUAAUGGCUCUUAUUUAGAACCAUAUACAAAUCCAGGAGCUCCGGUUCAUAUUACAUCUGGUUCUGCUGGUUGCCAAGAAAGAACUGACAAUUUUAUUCCAAACCCCCCAGAUUGGUCUGCAAUUAGAAGUAGUGAUUAUGGUUAUGGUCGUAUGAAGAUUUAUAAUAGUACACAUUUAUAUGUUGAACAAGUGUCUGAUGACAAGGACGGCGAGGUAAUAGAUCAUAUUUGGCUUAUCAAGGAGCAUCACAAACCUUAUGGAAAAUCAACUUCAAAAUAAUUGUUAACAAAAUCAAAUUUUACAAUAAUAAUAUUACAAUAUACGUUUACAAAAUGUUAAUAACUUGUAUACAUGCAGAUUAAAUAUUAUUUCUUAUGAACUUUUAUGUAUGAUAUAUAUCUAUCAAAUCAUAUUCAAGUUUAAAUUUUAUUCAAUACUUAUAUCUUAUAUGUAUGACUAUUAUUCAAUCAUAAUUUUCAUCAAAAUGUUUGAACUUAAAUUGCUAUCAAUUAGUUCAAAGUAUUACAAAUGUAUAGAACGAUAACAAUAUAAUCACUACAUGGUAAUAUGUAUUUUAGUAUUAA